GGAUGUACUUCAUUCAUUAGUUGAAAAAACUUCUAGUGCUACCAACUGUGUGCCUGUGAUCCAGCUUUACUCAUCAUUGAUAUUCAAUGAUCCAAAAGGACUUGUGAGCAGAUUAAGUUUAAGGGGGGAUUUGAACAAACUGGGAAUCCACACUUCUAAAUGGCAGCACUUCCUGUUUCUUGAUGGUCAGCGGUCGCGGAUCGGGUUGUGGACAAGGUACUUGCGGGUCGGUAGUGGGUCUAAGCAAGUUAUGGUUCCCUUGCCUGCUUAGAGCUCUCCCCUUGGUCCUCUCACUAUAAGACCUGGCAAAUAGCGGCAGGUUCCUCCCGAUGCGAAAGGUGGUUGUUGAUCAAGACAGAUGGAUAUGUCUACCUAUGGGAACAGCCAGUAUCUCCUGGCCAGACCAAUUUACACUCAACCAACUUUUGAGAAGCUGAACAUGGAGAAAACACCAAAAAAAAAUACUCGCAAACCUUUCAAAAAUAGGUUACAGAAAACCUUCAGCUGUACAUCUACAAAGGCUGUUCAUAUGGUCAAGAAAUAUAUCCCUGUGCUGAACUGGCUGCCAAAAUACAGCUGGAAGUCAUUGUUUGUGCACGAUUUGAUUUCAGGAGUCAGCACAGGGAUGGUUGGUACCCUACAAGGUCUGGCGUUUGCGUUACUUGCUGAAGUUCCAGUAGGAUAUGGAAUUUAUUCUUCUUUUUUUCCAAUUCUGACAUAUUUUUUCCUGGGAACUUCUAAACAUAUUUCAGUUGGGCCAUUCCCAGUGAUCAGUUUAAUGGUAGGCUCUGUUGUUCUGUCCAUGGCUCCAAAUGAAAAUUUUAUUGUAUACAACACCACAAAUCUCAAUGAAACGGAAAUGAUAAUUGACACAGAAGCCAGGGAUGCUGCUAGAGUCCUUGUAUCAGGAACAUUAAGUUUCUUAAUUGGAAUCAUACAGCUUGUGUUAGGAACUCUUCAGUUUGGCUUUAUUGUAAGAUAUUUGGCAGAGCCAUUAGUGCGAGGCUUCACCACAGGGGCUGCUUUCCAAGCAUUCAUCUCUCAAAUGAAACUGAUACUCAAUGUUCCCACAAAUACCCACAGUGGAAUGUUUUCAACAUUUUAUACAAUGAAUGAUAUCUUCUCCAAUAUUUCUAAAACAAAUGUGGCAGACCUCAUUGCUGGACUUCUAACAAUUUUUGUAUGUGUGGCGGUCAAGGAAAUUAAUGAGCGGUAUAAAAAUGUUCUGCGCAUACCCAUUCCUAUAGAGAUAAUUGUGUCUUUAAUAGCUGCAUGGAUUUCAUAUGGAGUAGAUCUGGAAAAUAAAUAUAAUGCAGGCACAGUAAAGAAUAUUCCAAGUGGGUUCAUACCACCCAUGAUGCCAGAUGUGAGCAUGUUUCCCCAAAUUAUUAGCUCUGCAAUUUCCAUUGGAAUAGUGGCAUAUGCUGUUGCUGUAUCAUUGGGAAAGGUUUUUGCCACCAAAUAUAACUAUGCAAUUGAUGGAAAUCAGGAAUUUGUUGCAUUUGGGGUCAGCAAUAUAUUCAGUGGGUUUUUCUCUUGCUUUUGUGCCACCACUGCUUUGUCUCGAACAGCUAUUCAAGAAAGUACUGGAGGUAAAACUCAGAUUGCUGGUUUGAUAUCUGCUGCAACUAUUAUAAUUACUAUGUUUGUCCUUGGCCAGUUUCUUCAACCUCUACAGAAGUCUGUACUGGCAGCGAUUGUCAUAUCCAACUUAAAGGGGAUGUUUUGGCAAGCUCUGGAUAUACCUCGUUUGUGGAAACAGAAUAAGUGGGAUGCAGCUAUCUGGAUCUUUGCAUGUUUUUCAACCAUCAUUUUGGAUCUUGAUUUAGGACUCUUGUGUGGAUUAAUGUUUGGAUUAUUUACUGUAAUUCUACGGAUACAGUUCCCCUCUUGUCACUCACUUGGAAAUCUUCCUGGAACAGAAAUCUACCGAGAUCUCAAGAAGUACAAAAAUGUCGUGGAACAGGAAGGAAUUAAAAUUAUUCGGUUUUCCAGUGGUAUUUUCUAUGGAAAUGUCGACAGCUUAAAAAAUGGCAUAAAAUCCAUUGUUGGAUUUGAUUCAGUUAGAGUUUUCAACAAGAGAGCGAAAGCAGAGCUGAAGAUAAGUGAGCUUAUCAAGAAAGGACAAUUGAAAGUAACUAAGAAUGGAAUUAUAACAAAUACAUUCACGGAAGAUUCAGAAUCUGAUGAAGAAUCACAACAGUUUGAAAAUCCUCAAAACAAAAAGGAAGAAACGGAAUUCCAAGUAGACUGGAAUUCAGAUCUACCUGUAUUAAAUUCUGUUCCUAAAGUCUUUAUUCACAGCAUCAUUUUGGAUUUUGGACAUGUCAAUUUUCUUGAUGUUGUGGCAGUGACAUCCCUUAAACUGAUUUUAAAAGAUUUCAGAAGAAUUGCUGUCGAUGUUUAUAUUGCAGGAUGUGAUGAUGAAAUUUUUGAGAAACUGGAAGUAUGUGGCUUCUUUGAGGAUAACAACAAACCAGACAUCUGUUUUCUGUCGGUCCACGAGGCUGUAAUUUACAUAUUAAACCAAAGAGAGUUCUGUAGUGAUCAAAAUUCACUUGGCAAGGCGGCAGUUGUGAAAAAUGAACAUGUUAGUUCAUUAGAACUGGAUCUACAGGAUGAGGAGAACAGAGCAUGUUCCAGUGUUUCCAGUAUAAGAAGAUCUGGAUCUUCAGGACGAUUGUCUUUAGGCUGAACAAAUAACCUUUACAAUGGAUUCCAAAAUGAUAUUAACCCUCUGUAAAAAAAAAAAACUUCUAAAGCAAUACUUUUUGCUACAGUAACCUAAAAAAAGCUAUAUUAACAGAUGUCAAUACUAAAUUACUCAGGUUUUUAGUAGAAUAUUAAAUGGAGAAAUGUACAUGAUAAGGAUAUAAGGAGUCACUUGUAUCCCAUAUUCAGGUAACAGAACCCUGAGGUGACGUUUACUGUUUAUUUAUGGUACAGAAAAUAUAGAUCCCUCAAAGAUUUAUUUUAAAAUAUAUUAAAAAAUAUGAGAUGAUGAAUAUACCUUAAAAUUGAUUGCAGUUUCUGUGUUUGUAGAUGUAUAGAUACUUCAUUUAUAUAUUAAAAUACUCUGAUUUGAA